AUGGUGCGUUCAAGGGAGGCCAGCCCUAACACCGAGUGUUUCAGCGUUCUCCUCAGCCAUGUCUCCGCAGGUGAGAGGGCCCUAGUUUCUUGUGCAACAUCCCACCGGAGGAUCAAGAACUUCUUGAUGAACUACAAUAUGCAGAACAUGAACAAGGAGUUACCUGAACUCUUCUCCAUGCUGAAAGCUGCUGAGAUUGAGAUACAGAAAGAGCACCAAGUGUUGAUGGUCAACAAGACCACCAGUUUCAAGAAGCAAGGCAAACCUAAGAACGGCAACUUCAAGAAGGGCGGCAAGAAAGCUGUCGCGCCUCCUGAAAAGCCUAAGGGUGGCCCUAAACCUGAUACUGAGUGCUAUUACUGCAAUGGGAAGGGGCACUGGAAGCGUAAUUGCCCCAAGUACUUGGCUGAUCUGAAGAGCGGCAUUGUCAAGAAGAAGAAAGGUAUAUCUGAUAUACAUGUUAUAGAUGUCUAUCUUACUGGUUCUCGUACUAGUGGACUAGAGCUGGCCCUAUCGAUAGCCUGA